AUGGCCCCUAGAAUCAGCGAAGUGAUCAAAACAGAUCAUCGGGAGAUUGAGUCGUAUUAUGACAAGAUCAUCAACUCCUCCAAUCAAGAUGAGCAGACGCGCUUCCAGAACUUAUUCACCUGGGAGCUAGCUCGGCACUCCAUUGGAGAGGAGCUUGUCGUUUAUCCAGUUUUUGAAAAACUGCUCUCUGGUGGCGUUGAAAUGGCCAACAAGGACCGCAAGGAGCAUCUAAGGGUCAAAGAGCAAUUAAAGGCAUUCCAGAACAUGAAGCCUUCGGAUACAGAGUUCAUUCCGACCAUCAAGGAGUUGAUGGUAACCCUAUCCCAGCAUAUCAAAGAGGAAGAGAAUGACGACUUGCCAAAGCUGGAAGCAGCGUUGUCUCAGGAGGACAGCGAGGGCUACGCUAAGAGCUUUGGCCGAACAAAGAUGUUUGUGCCUUCUCGUUCACACCCGAGUGCGCCGGAUAAACCCCCCUUGAGACAGUGGUGGGGCUUUUGA